UAAUGUGUUUAAAGAAAAAUAAGCGAUGAAGCCGGCAGUGGACGAGAUGUUCCCUGAGGGUGCCGGGCCCUACGUGGACCUGGACGAGGCAGGAGGCAGCACGGGGCUCCUGAUGGACUUGGCAGCCAAUGAGAAGGCAGUUCAUGCAGACUUUUUUAAUGAUUUUGAAGAUCUGUUUGAUGAUGAUAUCCAUUGAGACGCCGUCCAGCGGUGUGUGUGGUCAUGUGUGUUAUGAGGUGGUGUGGCGGAGUUCCUCAGAGGACAAUUUCAGAUGGUCCUAAAGAACUCGUGGAUGUUACUUGAAAUUAGGAGAUGGUUAACCAAGAAAGAGAAGGAUGGUUUUAACUAUCUGCAUGAGGCCCGCUUAUCUCUGAAUGUGACCAACUUUUGUCCUUCAAUUAAAAAGCGAUGCCAUCAAAAAAAAAAA